UAAAAAAAGUUAUUUCAUUGUACUCAUCGUUGGUCUCGAAAUCAAAGGGAGACAACAUAAAUGGGACAAAAUUAGGGAGUGAUGAUCUUAAAAUCAGUGCAACUGGUCAGCCAAUGAAGAGGAUACAAAGUUAUAGAAAGAAGCUACUAAAGAAGACAUGUACCUACUGUAGAUGAUUUUGGUACCUAAUAUUAAAAAGAUGAAGACUGGAAUCAUUUCUUUUUUCUUCUUAACUCUUGUACGUUUGAGUUCAGAGAACUGUGACAAAAUAGUGUGCACCUUCCUCGCAAAGUCAAUGAGACAGUUGAAGGUAGACACUGCGGAUAUUGAUACUUCCUUAUGCCCCUAUCUUAAAAUCAAGUUCGUUGAUUAUGACUAUAAUGCUCUACACGUAGACCGGCAAGUCUCGGAUAUCUAUCCAUGGAUGUGGAGUGCUAAAGCAGAAAACCCAAAUAUGAAAGUUUUGUUAACAUUCUAUAACUCUGUGGGCUCCAAAAAUUUUUUUGAGAUGUAUAGAACGCCAGCCAAAAGACUUAAAUUCAUUCCGAUGUUCAUACAAUACUUACGAAAGAACAGAUUUGAUGGAGUGGAAGUGGACGUAGGAAUGGGUUUUGUAAGGCGUAAAAAUAUUUACGAUAUAGAGCGUUGGGCAGAUUUUAUUGAGGAUCUACAAAAAGAUUUAAAAGCGGACUCUAGGCGGUCAGGCAAACCUAAACUGUUACUGUUUGGACGUAUUGAUGACAGGAAAAAAGGCGUCAACCAAUUAUACAACGUGUCUAGGAUAUACAGACAUUCGGAUUUUGUAAUCAUGGAUGCCUGGGCGUAUUAUUCACAAAGACUUGGACCUAGAUAUAAUAUGUCUAUUUCUAGCAUGCACCAUUCUAAAGUUUACAGUAUUAACAAUACAACGGACGAUCGAAGCAUUGACUACAAUGUCAACGCUCUAAUAGCGAAAGGCGGAAUCAAAGAAAAGACAAUCAUAAGUCUGUAUCUAAUGCCAACAUUUUUCUAUGAAUACAGCUCUUUCACGGCAGUAGAUUUUGGUUGGAUCAAACACGAUAAUUACGGAGCAGUGUGUGAAUUGAUGCAUAAAGGUGGCAAUAUCACAAGAGUGUUUGAUGACUGCCCAAUCUUUAGGCAGGAUCGAAUCGUGGUUUAUUUUGAUGACGAGAUCAGUAUAGCUGAGAAGGUAAAAUAUAUUAUAAAGAAUGAAUUAGCCGGAUUUGAAAUUUUAGACUUGUCAGCAGAUGAUUUUAAAGGACUAUGCGCUAAAGGAAAAUUUCCUCUUAUGAGAGCUAUAAAUGAGGAGUGCGGAAAAACCUUAAUAGAUCAAUGAAGACAUAAAGAGAAGGAGAAAAGGGGAGAUAAUAUGUGGACAGAUAUAGAUUCAAACAAAAAUAAAUAAACAUACACGAUUUGUAUGCUAGUGUCCAUUAGUUUAAAAACAAUAUAAUAAAACUGAUUGUCUUA